AUAUUAACAGCGAAAAUCGACUGUAUCAAUACUGUGAAUGUAUAAUUACUAAUCGGGAAAUUUUAAUGCAAAUAUUUAGAAAUACAACUCUGUAAAGCGCGCAUUGAUCUAAUAAGAUUUUUUUUUUGCAAAAUUGGGGCAGACGAUUUUCGGCAUCAUAGUUUUAUGGAAUUGCUAGAGGAACUUUAACAUAUUUUAAACAUCGUGUGUACAUGUUAUAUUUAAAUUGCAUUGUAUAAUGUCAAUGUUUCGAAAACCAAAGAAAAUACAGCGUCGUGUAUUUUCAACAACUGCUGAUGAAGAUGAAAGCGAACCGACAUCUGAAGUCGGCUUCGUGCCGCCUCCAUCCGCUACAAUCAGCACUGACAAAAAGUCGGAAAAAAAAGAAAAGAACAAAGAUUCUAAAAGCAAACUCAGAUCCGAAACGAUGGAUUUAACUGGCAAAAAGUCACUUUUAAGUUUUGCUGACGAUGAAGAUGAAGGAGAAGUUUUCCAGGUGCGUAAGUCUUCGCAUAGUAAAAAAGUGAUGCGAAUGUUAGACAAAGAACGGCGUAAGAAAAAGAAAGAGGAACGAGAAGGGGUUCAUGCAGAUUUAGGUCAAACAAAAGAGGAAUGUGCUAAUGGACGAAGUGGCAUCUAUACUACAAGUAAGGAAACAACCUUAGGCAAUAAAGGCGGAGAUCAACUGUCGUCUUCUUCGACAUCCUCCAAAAAUGUUGUGACUACAGAAAAAGCAAAAUGUAAUAGUAAUAAAACUGAUAGUAUCCAAACUGAAAUACGCACAGACGACUUUGUGUUGGUUGUUAAAAAAUCGGAGCCAGAUGUCGUACUCAACGGACGAGCGGCAUUUUGUGCCGGACGCAAUGACAUGUCGGAUGAAGAUGAAGAAUAUGAUGAUCAAAACAAUGGGAAGCAUCGUUUUUCAAAGCCAGAACAACUUAAACAGAUGCUAGAAAGUGGUUCAAUUCCAGAUGCAGCUAUGAUACAUGCUGCACGCAAAAGAAGACAAAAAGCUAGAGAAGAAGGAGAAUUUAUUGCAUUAGAGGAACCUAAGACUGAAGUUAAAAAAGGCAGUCGUUUAGCAACAGAAGAUGUCGAAGGAGAUAAUUCCGAUGAAGAAGAGCGUGUCGAUAUGAAUGCCAUAACUGGUGUUAAAGAGCGCGAAGAAAGGCGUGAACAAUUUUAUUCUGUUGAAAAUGAUUAUACCGAUGAGGAUUCAGAUCAUGAAACACAUGAAUGGGAAAAUCAACAAAUACGUAAAGGUGUUACUGGUGCACAACUUGUAAAUGCACAACAGGAAUCAGUAUUAUCACGUUUUAUGAUAAAAUCAACUAUGAGUCCCUCAGAAUAUACGCCGAAACCGCAAUCGACGAAAGAUUUAUUAGAUGAAGCUUAUGCCAAAUGUUCUUUGGAAAAACCAACCUCAAGCAAACCGAAAACCGAAAAACCAACCGCUGCAGUAAGAUCACCGCAAGAAAUACAUGAUGAAAUAAUGAAUAGAAUUAAUCAUAUAAAGGAGUUGUAUGCGAAACAUCAAGAAGAGGUUGAAACAAUUGAGAAAAACUUGAAAUUGCUUCAGUUGGAAAAAGUUGAUAAUAGUCAGAAAGCACCUGCAGCAGCUGCUAAAUAUCGUUUCUAUCAGGAAAUCAAAAGCUUUGUAGACGAUAUAGUUGAUUGCCUUAAUUAUAAAGUGCCCUUUAUUAUGGAUUUGGAAAAGCGUGCGUUUGAAAUACAUUCAAAACAUCAACAGUUCCUUAUUGAAAGAAGGCGGCAGGACGUACGUGAUCAAGCAAAAGAAAUGGCCGAGGCUUCUAAACCUGCAGCACUUCGUCGUGGUCCAGAAUAUGACCAACAAGUAAGACGUGCGGCGGAACGAGAAGGAAGACGAACACGUCGACGUUGUGAACGAGAAAAAAAUGAUCAGCUGGCAACUCAUUUGGAUGGAACAUCAAGCGAUGAUGAAAUCGCAGAUCAAUUACAGGAGCAGCUACAAAACAAUUUAAAUCAAAUUAAUACAGAGCAAGAAGGUGUAUUUGAGGAUGUGAAUGAUGAGUUUUUUAAAAUUGAAUGCAUUUUAAAGAAAUUUGAUGAGUGGCGUAGAACGGAUAUGGAAGCUUAUAAAGAUGCAUUUGUUAAUAUAUGCCUGCCGAAGCUUCUUGCUCCAUUAGUGCGGUAUGAGCUUAUUAAUUGGUUUCCCAUAUUGGAUGAUUAUAAAGAUAUGGAAAAAAUGGAUUGGUUUCUAGGAUGCAUGCUUUACGCUUUAGAUAAUACGGAGACAGUGGAAACUUUAAAACUUGAUCCUGAUUUAGAAUUAGUACCAACAAUUAUUGAUAAAAUUGUACUUAAUAAAUUGACUGAAAUUGUUAAUCACUGCUGGGAUCCUUUAUCAACGAGACAAACAUUAAGAUUGAUUGGUUUUAUAAAUCGUUUAGGGAGAGAUUUUCCACUUAAAGAGUCUUCUAAAAAUUUGAAAACUCUUUUUAUUGCUAUUAUGGAUAAAAUGAAAUUGUCACUAGAUUCUGAUGUAUUUAUACCAAUCUUUCCAAAGCAAGUGCAAGAAGCUAAAACAUCUUUUUUUCAACGUCAGUUUUGUAGUGGACUUAAACUUUUUCGCAACAUACUUAGCUGGCAAGGUAUAAUUGCUGAUAAGGCGUUGCGUGAAUUGGCUAUUGGUUCAUUGCUUAAUCGUUAUUUGUUAUUGGCUAUGAGAGUUUGCAGUCCAAAUGAUGGCAUUAGCAAGGCUUAUAUAAUUGUAAAUACUUUGCCAACUGUAUGGCUACAGCCUGGAUCAGAGACUAUAAAUAAUUUACAAUUAUUUAUUGUUUAUAUAAAACAAACUUUAGAAAAUUGUGAUGCAAAGAACCCAACUUUUAUGCAAAGUGUCGAUAAGGCAAAACAAAUAUUGCAAAGACUACAUAGUUUUUAAUAUUAAUUAAUUAUUAAUUAUAUUGUUAGUUUCAUUUUUAGAGAAAAACUAAGUAAUCUUAAGCUGUAUUUGUAUAUAUAAAUCCAAGAUACU